CUCUCUCUCUCUCUCUAACUUUUUAAUGGUCCUCUCUCCCUCUCUAACUUUUUACUGGUCCUCUCUCUCUUGGCUGAGGAAUCCCUCUGUUUUCGAACCCAUCGCCUUCGCUUAAGAUUGCCCUCCCUCUCUCCUCUAAAGAAACAAAUCCGUAGAUUUAUCAUCAAGUCCAUUAACCCUUUCCUCCUUUCUCUCUCUUCUGAAAACAAAUCCAUCCAGUUUUCUUCAAAAUGAAUCAAAUCCUUUGACCCCUUCUCUCUCUGCUGUGGAAUCCCAUCUCUCUCCGUCUCUCUCACGUACACAGAAAACCCCCCAAAAUGGACGAUACAGAGGAUGAUGCGAGGUACCCACCGAACCCUUACCCCUUCAAUUUCCAAUCCUCAUCCUCUUUCCCUUCCUCCCAUCGCCCCAAACUUCCUCUUCGAAACCCUUCUCUCUCUACACCCAAUGGCCAUGCCCAUGGCCAUCGAUCUCUCCAUUCUCGCCACAACCAACAACUUCAUCAAGAAGAAGAAGAGUAUGAAGAGGAAGAAGAGGAGGAGGGGGAGGGGGAGGGGGAGGAUGAGGAGGAGGAGGAUCUAGAGAGAGAAACAGCAGAAGAAGACGAAGAUGAUGAACAAGAGGGAGAAGAAGACCACAAUGAGGAGAAAGAAGAAGAAGGUGACGAAGAGAGAGAAGCUGAGGAGAGAGAAGAACAUGAGGAAGAGGAUGAAGGGGAUGAGGUAGAGAGAGAAAAGGCCCAACCCCACCACCCCAUUAAAGAGGAAGAGGAGGAAGACCAUCAGCCGGAGAAGAGGCAGAGGCGUCAUGCCCACCCCGCUCAGAGGUUUGAAUUCGCAGCUCGAGCUUCACGCCCAAGCUCUGGUAAACCCCAACAACUUUCCGUCUCCUCACCAUUUGGUCGAGCUUCACAGGCGGACUGGUGUGAACACUCAACAAUGGUGUUAUUGGAAGCUUGGGGUGAGAGGUUUCUUCAACAUGGGCGCAAAAGCUUGCGCUCUGAUGAGUGGGCUGAGGUCUCGAAGAGGGUUUCGGCUUCCUCUGAAACUCCAAGAACUGAAGCCCAAUGUCGAAAUCGACUCGACACUCUGAAGAAGAAAUUUAAGAGAGAGAAACAAAGAAUCGCAGAGGCCAAGGCUUUAGGCCAUACUUCAUCUUCAAAAUGGCCCUAUUUCAAGAAGAUGGAUAGGCUCAUGUCCCAGGUCUCCUCUGCAACUCCUCAAGCCUCGCCUCAAGCACCUGCUCGAUUGGCUUGUGGGCUUGAUUCGGGCGAAUUCGUGUUUGGAAACCCCAGAAUUUGCUUGAAUCCACCUGGUGAUAGUCCAGAAAGCUCAGACUCUGGUUCAGGGGAUAGCCCACCUCCACUGCCAAAGAGGGCCAGGGUUUCAGAUUGGGGUUCGGAUGGCGGGUCAUUCAGGCUUUUAGCCGAUUCCAUUCAGAGGUUUGGAGAGAUAUAUGAGAAGAUCGAGAAUAGUAAGAGGCAGCAAAUGAUGGAGCUUGAGAGGAUGAGAAUGGACUUUCAGAGGGAGCUAGAGUUGCAGAAGAGGCACAUAAUGGAGAGAGCUCAGGCUGAGAUUGCAAAGAUGAGAGAGGAAGAGGAGGAGGAAGAAGAGGAUGAGGAUGAGGAGAUUGAUGUGUCGGUCACAAAUGGAUAUGAAGAGUCUACUGCACAAAGAGCAAACUGCGUUUGGGGGUUGUUUGUGAAUUUGGUUUAGAGAUGGUGAUGUUGCAUUAUUUUGCUUUCAUCCAAGAGUUGAAGGCCCCUCUUUGGGUAUGUAUAUUUAUGAUUAUGGGGAUCUGCCAAACCCAUAUUUGUAUCUCUCUCUCUCUCACACACACACAUUUCUUUCCAAGGCAGAGUUCGGAAUCCCAGUCCUGAUCCUGAACUUAGUCACGUUGUCAGGGUUGACUUGAGACUGAUCAUGUCGAACUGAGAACUUUUCACAGUUGAGAGAAAUUUUUUUGGUUUAGAAAA